AAUUUCAAAAUUUGUACACACUGUCAGGUCAAUUUACAAAGUUUGCUAGGUAUUGUAUUACAAUGUCACAUGAGUACACACAAUACUUCAACAUGCAUAACUCUGGAUUCAUUAAUUUGUGUUGUGUUUCAUCUUUUAGAGCAAAAUUGAAAGUGGAGAGUUCAUUCUUGGUGAAAUGAUUGUCCCCCAAACAUUCAAAAAGGUGUUGCUGACAAAGGAAGGUACCCUUAAGACUGAAAGAUUUACCGUAUCUGGCCAUAAGAUCCCUCUCCUAGAAAUAAGGACACGCAUGCUAAAAGAGCAGGAAUCCCUUGGCUUACUACGAAUUCACAAUGAUGACUACUAUGCUGCCAUGACAGAUGCUGAAGUCAGAUCCAGACUUAUUCAGCUUGGUGAGGAUGCCAACACAGGGGAAGAAAGUGAAAUUGAGUCUAAAGAGAGAUUAAAAGCAAUGGAAAGAAAGCGGCACCUCAUGGUUUGAGGUGACAACUCAACCCUUCUCAACCAUGGUCAACUUCUACUGACAGUUAAUUCAGUAUAUGAUGAGGCCAUAUAUUACACCAAUGAAGAAAUGAAAGCAAAAGGCAAAGGAGACAUUGAUGUACAGUCUGUAGUUGAAAGACCCCAAGUCUACAUUCUGGGGAGAUGUGGUUCCUCUGAAGUUGAUCAGCUAGCCUACAUUAACACCAGAAAGGCCUGUUUACAGAGUAUGAACAUUAAAAUCACCACUUCAAAUGGAGUUGAGAUUACUGAUGUAAUGCGCUUUUUUCAUGGAGAUGGCCCCGAGCAACAAUUUGAGGCUGGAGAACAGAAAGGGGGAAAUGCUGGAUGUGCAAGUUGCAGUGGUGAUGCAAGAAAGUACAAAGACCUCGCAGUUUCUCUUUGCAAACCUCACCUUACUCUCUCAGAACGGUUGAGGAAAGUUCUACAGGGGCCUGCUGGGAAAAAUAAAAGGAAUGCUGGUUUGAAGCCAUUUAAAGAUCUUCGCUUAGAAGAGUUGAGAAGUGAAUGCAGAGCCCGAGGCCUCGAAACUGAUGGACAAAAGAAGGACCUUCAGGAAAUUCUCAAAGAAGAGAUUGGUGGAAUUCAACGGGUGCCAGCAAUGAUGUUCUUUGACCAAGAGAAAACACUAGCAGACCUUGGUUUAGGAAACUAUGAAGUCUUACCUACAGAGCCUCUUCAUGAUGUUAAGGAACACAUUGCCAAUGUUCUCACUGAGUUACCUUCACACCUUGAAAAAGAUGAAAAAAUUGCAUUUCAGGACAUCAUUGAGUGUUCAUUUGCUGGAAAGGAAAAGCUACGUGGCUGUGAUUAUCGACUUGCAGCUGUCAUAGUGGCUCAAUACUUAAGAGGUAAUGAUCAAAACAUUUUACAGACUAAAGCAGAUCUCACAAUAAUGAUAAACAAUUUUUGAGUUCUUUUUUUCUAUUUGGUGAUGGCCAUCCUUUUUGAUAUUUAGCAGCAUAUGGUGAGGACACAGAGGCUGUUCAUACUAUUAUGUUGUUUAAGGAUAUUUGAGAAUUUCAUUUAUAUGUUUGUGUUUAGAACUUUCACAGCUAUUAAUAAAACAAAAUAAUACAAAUGUCAGUUGAGGAACAAUAUGAAACAAUGGAAGUAGAAUUAUUUUGUUACGAUAACUCUUACAGUAGUGAGUGCUAGCCAGACAAUUGACUACAGUACAAUGUACACGAGCACGUAGUCAGGAAAUUAUAGUCUGACUAGUCAUACAAUAAUAACUUACAGCACAGAUUGUGCUCCAAGAUAGAGUCAUGUAUUUGUUGUAGUUUAAAAUGAAGUCCAGGUCAAUAUUAUUUGAAACUAGUUUGAUUUGUAUUUUCCUU